AUGCCUCGAAAACUGGACAACGAUACGAGGAUACAUUUUCGAACUUACGAGGAUGAGGCCCACGCCCAGAAGCGCGCCUUCUGCCUCCACUGCAACAAGGACGCUUGCGCCGACAACAUCCAGCGCAUGAAGAACCAUCUCACCAAAUGCGAGGCCUACUUGAACAGCAGCGGCAGCGAGCCCUCCUUCGCGUUCGAUCUGGAUGGGCCCAUCGCGCCCGACACGCCCAUGGCGGGCAUGACAGGGCCCUCUGCCAUUCCCGAGCCUGCCAACGGAGGCGACACCGCCGCCCAUGACCCCAGCCUCACUGCCAAUCCGAGCAUGGCGCCCCCACCAAGCAGCGGCACCUCCGCCGUCAUUGGAACGCCUUCGACUGCAUCUUCAACAGCACCCUCGGCGGCGAUGAUGAAAGCCAGCCAGGACAGCCUGAACAAAGUGCGCACAGCGAUGGCUAGGUCCACCAAGCGGCUGGAGAGCCUGGAGGCCGUGCUCAAGACCCAGAUCCAGGAUGGCAUGCACAAUGCCGCAACCCAUGUCAGGGCCGCAAUCAGAGAUGAGAGAGACCGCCUGUUUAAGCUAUCACAGACGUUAGUGAAGCAGGAGAUGAAAAUCAGGGAUGCUCAGACUGCCAUGGGUGUUCCAAUGUGA